UAUUUUUUGUUUUUAAGUAAGAUUUUAGACUAAAAACUCACCUGUAGAUAUUUGUUAAAUAUUGAAAUAAAAAAAAGAGUCACUUGUAGGGUCUGGAAAUGUGUAUUUCUGGGGACCUGUAGAGGGUCCUCGGACCUGCCAUUGAGAACCACUGUUCUGGGCUCCUCGGGAAAUUUCUCGAGGACUGAGUGAAGGAAGUCGCAGCCCAUGUUUGGAAAUGUUCUCCCUGGAGCGCCGCUGCAGCCGGAGCAGCCACAGUACAGUCAGCUGAACAGCUCACACUGCUGAUCACACACGGGAAGGACUUCUAUCCGGGACGGAUCAAAACAAUAAUCAUUCAUCACCAUCAUCAUCAUCAUGGCUCAAGCGAAAAUACAGGCGAAAAUGAGCGACGCUCAGUGCGCAAAGUUCAGCAGGACCCUGUCCAUGGCUGACCGCUCCGGACGACUUCUGGAAAGUUUGGAUCAGCUGGAAAUGAGGGUGGAGAGUUUACGCGAAGCUGCAUCGGCCAUGGAGCAGGAAAGGGAGUGCAUCCUGGAAAUGAUUCAAUCCAUUCAGAAUGGACAGGAGAUGCGGAACAUCUGUGACGGGGAGAGAGAAGAGUUAGAAUUAACUGCAAACCGUCUCUUGGGUCGCACGCUGACUGUGGAGAUCUCUGUUGGCACAAUCAGAAAUUCCCAGCAGGAGGAUGCGCUGCGUAAGGCCACGUCCAUAAUUGAUGAAAUGGUGAAAAAGUUACUGGAUGACAUGGAAGGCGGCCGACAGCGGCUGCAGGCCCUGCACGCGGCCUGUGUGACUGAGGCCCCACCAGUCCCCAUCGACCAAAAGUUUCAGGCCAUAGUGAUCAGCUGUGCUCUGGAGGAUCAGAAGAACAUCAAGCGUAGACUGGAGACUUUGUUGAGGAACGUUGAAAAUGCUGAGAAGAACAUCAAGAUUAUGGAUCACCAAAAACUGGAGGAACCCAAAGCCAAUGGCUGCCAAUGAGGCUCACCACUAAAAUAUAAAAUAUGUCUUUAAUACCACUAACCACUAAGAGCUGUUGUAGUCCUGUACUUACCCAAUGAAGGUCUCUAUAUGUAGCAGCAAAUGAAUUAUUAUGGGAAGAUCAUGGUGAUACUAAACCUUAGGGCCAAAAAUACAACAAAUCCAUUGUCCCUGAAGGACACUUACAGUGUUCUACAAACAGUGUUACCUUCAAAGGAUAAUGCUUUAUAUGAAUUGUUUAGCCAGUACACAAUGUGUGUUCACAUAUGCACUUAAGUAAGACAGAAAAAGAUACUAUGGUAUAUGCACUAAUGGAUGUUCUGUCAGUUUAAUUGGAAAUCUGGUGCUCGACAAACAAUAAAUCUAAUGCAGAAGUAUCUUUUUCUGUUUCAUUGUCUAAUCUGACACUUGAUGAGGAUUUAAGAUGUGCAUACACUACCUCUACACAACACAAAUCACGUAAUGCUGUGGGUUAUAGUUCAUUUUUGCACAAAGCUGUUUUUAUGUUAAGAUUACGUGUCAAAAAGAAGUAAAUAAAAAGUUGUUUACAUC